AUGUUCAAACGCAGCUUUCUGUCGUCCUCCAACGACCGAGUUGGCAAGCGAAAGAUAUCGAAGCGGUCAUUCAACGAUGAUGCUAAGAUGCGCAUGCGCGCCGCGAUCAACAAUCAGACAAUCACCCCAGACACCUCUCCGUCACUCGGCGGGGCGUCGCCCAAGCUGAACAGCGCUAUCGUGACUAUUUCAGUCGGGCCGGACCAGCGAUUGUUCGCGGCCGACGAGGACGUCCUGUCUCGCUCGACAUGGUUCAGCGAAGCAUGUCGCGAGCAGUUCUUCUCCUCGCCGGGACAGCGCCGCAUCAAUCUACCAGACGAGGACCCCAUCGCCUUCUCCGCGAUCCUCGAGUACCUUUACAAAGGCGACUACAGCCCGCGUCUGGUCCACGAUCGGAAGCGGGACACGUGGUCUCUCGAGGACGUGGAGGACGUGACCAUGACUCCCCGCUCAAACACCACCGAGAAGAAAUUCGUCGGCUUCAACGAGUCCGCGACAAUCUUCCACGCCGGCGCGGGUGACUUCAUCCUCCGGGAUACCGUCAUCUACUGCUCUGCGUUGCGCUUCGGCCUGCCAGAACUCCAGCGCCUCGCUCUUCGCAAGCAAGGCCUGCAGUCCGGCAUCGACGUCGCGACCAUCCUUCGCAGCGCACGCUUCGCCUACGCGAACACGCCGCCGAGCGACUCGCGCCUCCGCGCUCACUACCUCGCACUCAUCAUCCGCAGCCGCAAGACUUUCAAGCGAAGCGGCACGAUGCAGCAAGAGAUGCAGCGAGGCGACACGCAGUUAUUCUUUGACCUGUUCGUGGCCCUCUGCAACCACAUUGACGAUCUCACGGAGAUGGGCCCCGGUCGCUCUCCUGCCAUCGGCAAGACUGCCGCUCUUUCAGCAAUGUAA